AUGGUCUUUUCGGCAAAGAGCCUCCGACGACUUUCAUCCUCGGUCUACGUCCAAGCCGUGUUGGUUUCCGACACGGUCUUUCUACUAACAUUGUUUGCACUGUGGCUAGAAUCGUUCGGUUAUGACGCCAUCCACAUGAACGGUAUCUGUCAGAGCAAUAUCUAUCUGUCGUAUGUUGGUAGUUUCCUUUCCGUCUGGUAUGUGGUUUGUAUCACUAUCGAGAAUUACAUCACAAUAUGUCAUCCUUUGAAAAUCAACAAACUGUGCACGUUCAUGAGGGCCCGGGUGGUCACAGUGUCCCUAGCCGUGGCUAGUCUCUUCCUGUUUGUGGUAGUCAUUCCAAUAACGAAGCCGCAAGGGACCGGCCAUAUGGAUCCAUCAGAUAACAAUACUGAGUCACGGGAUGCGAUUGCUUUAUCUCUUUGUGCCUUACCUGAUUGUACCUCCGAGUGUAACGACGCUGACCAUACACCAGUGUCUGCUGUAUAUAAGCUAUUCGAGUUACGCGCUUAA